AUGGACACUCCAACACGCAACUUGUUCAAGGAGACUACGAUAAUUAUCUACUUGUUUGAUUCAGUUGUUGUUACCUUCUGCAGCGAUCAACUGAUCCCUUUACCAUUCAAUGUGGCUUCACGUCUGCAGUUAUUGGAUACGAACAUACCAAAACCGGUAGAAGGCGUAUCUCCGUUGCUGCGUGAAUAUGAAAUAGCCAUACCUGGAUUGUAA